AGACACCAUCCCACAGGAACAGCUCAUUAGCAAAAGUGUAGAGUGGCAGAGCCACUCCCGGCCACUUCAGUCGGCAGGACCCACGCCCCCUCCUCCUGCUGCCACGCUGGAGCUGCUGGAGCUGCAGCUGCCACAGGGGGUCAGAGACUGGGGCCAGAGGGCCCACCCCGCACCCGGUCCCUCCUUUGCCGGUGUCUGCAAGGUCUUUGGCUGCAGGAAGUGCCUCGCAUCGGCCGCAGGAUGGGCAGCUGCGGGAGGAAGGUCCUCUGGGCUCUCUGUCUCCUGCAGCUCCUGGGAGCCAGCUCUGCCAAGGACAUCUGGAGGCGCUCCCUGCCCGAGAGGCUGCUGCCAGAGAGGCCCCCCGUGGAGGAGGCGGGUUCCCCAGGGCCCCAGCAGCCUCGUGCCGACCGCUGCCCACCGCCCCCGAGGACCCUGCCCCCUGGAGCCUGCCAGGCCUUGCGCUGCCAGGCUGACUCUGAGUGCCCACGACAGUGGCGCUGCUGCUACAACGGCUGCGCCUACUCCUGCCUGGAGGCAGUGCCACCCCCACCAGUUCUAGACUGGCUGGUGCAGCCGAAGCCACGGUGGCUGGGAGGCAACGGCUGGCUCCUGGAUGGCCCUGAAGAGGUGCUGCAAGCAGAGGCCUGCAGCACCACCAAGGACGGUGCAGAGCCGCUGCUCUGUCCCUCGGGCUAUGAGUGCCACAUCUUGAGCCCAGGGGACGUGGCCAAGGGCAUCCCCAACCACGGGCAGUGCGUCAAGCAGCGCCAGCAAGCAGGUGAGUGUGGGCGCCCGGGCCUGCUCCUGGCCCCACGGUCCUGGACCCCCAGUCAGAGCCUUGCCUCAGGAAAUGAUCCCAGCACCCAGAGGCUGGCCCACCGCUCCUCCGCCCCUCACAGCCAGAGUCUCUCUCUUGUCCUGCCACGAGGCACAGGACGUGCACUCUCAACUCAGCAGACUGACUGCAUCCAGUUCCGAGUUUCCUAGCUGGGUGACCCAGGGGUCAGAUUCUUCAUCUCCCUAGGCCGAAGUUUCCUAACCUGUACAAUGGGGCUACUACGUGUUGCUAUGGGAACCACUGAACUUACAUGUCAAAGCCCAUGGAGCAGAGUUAGGUAGUGAGGGGCGGUCAGUGAUAAUAUGAGGUGGUCAGGGCCCUGUUAUAAGACCAGUAAGACAGGAGUAAACCAAGCCAGUUCAAACCUGUUCAAAAGGGUGCCAAUCGGUGCAA